UCCCCCGUCCCUUUCCGGCUCACGUCUAACGCAGGCGCACACAGUGCUCCAAUAUGGCGGCCUCCGUGGAUCUGGAGUUGAAGAAGGCCUUCACAGAGCUUCAAGCCAAAGUUAUUGAUACUCAGCAGAAGGUAAAGCUUGCAGACAUACAGAUUGAGCAGCUAAACAGAACGAAAAAGCAUGCACACCUAACGGACACAGAGAUUAUGACGCUGGUCGACGAAACUAACAUGUAUGAAGGUGUAGGAAGAAUGUUUAUUCUACAGUCCAAGGAAGUAAUUCACAACCAACUGUUAGAAAAACAGAAAAUAGCAGAAGAAAAAAUUAAAGAGCUGGAGCAGAAGAAGUCCUAUCUGGAGCGGAGCGUUAAGGAAGCGGAGGACAACAUCCGAGAGAUGCUGAUGGCACGAAGGGCACAGUAGGAGCUGCUGGGAAAGUUCUUCCUCCUGACCCCUCCAUCCUGUCAAGGCACGGGCUGCGCAGGGUGCUGGCCUCUCUGCCCCGUGGCCCCAGUCUCUCCAUCACCCCCAGGCCCCUGCAGGUCCCACCUGAAUGUUUGCCAUCCCUGCCCAGGACACUCUUUCCUGGGGCAAGCCAGCAGCUCUCAAUAGAGGGAAGACUGGAGGGCAGACGGGGAAAGCUGUGCAAGCCUGUCUAGGCACGUGGGUUAGACAAUAAAGUCUACGUCCUGCUUUUCUCCGGCUGAGGGGGGAGAGGCAAGUGUCUUCCUUA